CAUCCUGCCGCAGACAUCGGCCUCGCCUCUCUCUGCAUCGCUUGCUGCUCCAAACAAGCUCAUCAGCUCCAACACAAGGUCCAAGAUCAAGACCGGACCGGUAAAGCCGUCGAGCAGUCAUGCCAGAAACGACCAAAAGUCACGUGAUCCUGCUGUCCUGCGGCAGCUUCAAUCCCAUCACCAAAGGACACAUCCAUAUGUUUGAGAAAGCGAGAGACUACCUGCACAAAACAGGACGUUUCAUCGUGAUCGGAGGGAUCAUUUCACCGGUGCACGAUUCCUAUGGCAAACCAGGUCUGGUGUCCAGCAGGCAUCGCCUGACCAUGUGUCAGCUGGCUGUGCGGUCGUCUGAUUGGAUCCGGGUGGACCCGUGGGAGUGUUACCAGGACACCUGGCAGACCACCUGUAGCGUGCUGGAGCACCACCGUGACCUCAUGAAGAGAGUGACCGGCUGUAUCUUGUCUAACGUCAACACGCCGUCUUCCACUCCCGUCAUUGGGCAGCCACAAAACCAGGCUCCGCCUAUUUACCUGAACCACAACAACAUGAAGCACACGACCACUUCCGUUAAAGUUUGGGGUAAGCUGAGUGAGAGUCUGGGGAAGGUUUGCUGCGUUCGUCCUCACCUGGAUCGAUUCACCUUUGUGGAUGAAAACGCCAACUUGGGGCCAGCCAUGACCUACGAGGAGAUCGAGUUGCGUAUCUUGCUCCUGUGUGGAAGUGAUCUUCUGGAAUCAUUCUGCAUCCCUGGCCUGUGGAAGGACAGUGAUAUGGAGGUGAUCGUGGGCGAUUUUGGGAUAGUGGUGGUUCCUCGUGACGGCGUCGACACGGAGAGGAUCAUGAACCAUUCGUCGGUUCUCCGCAAGCACAAGGACAACAUCAUUGUGGUGAAGGACGCCACCAACCAUCCCAUGGCCAUUGUCAGCUCCACCAAGAGCAGACUGGCCCUGCAGCACGGCGACGGCCAUGUUGUGGACUACCUGAACCAGCCGGUCAUCGACUACAUCCUGCAGACUCAGCUGUACAUCAAGGCCUCGGGAUAAAGGACCACCUUUAGGUUGUGUGACUUUGCCAUCAUGGCGGGGUUGGUCACCCAACUUCCUGUUAUUCAUCAAGUCAGUGGAUGCAUGCAACACGCUCGCCAAUGUGACAGCAGUAUCCUCGCCCACCGUUUGUGUUGACGUUACAGUCCCUCCAGGAUUUUCUUGAUGUUGCGAUUGUGCCAAUUCAUGCCAAUUAAACCAAUCCCUCGCAACUUUGUCCAAUCCCCGUACCUUACCGGCGCCUUUCGGCAAAUCCUCGUUAAUCCAGCCAAGCAGAUUUGUCCCAACAGCACUCCAAGGCAACGCGAUUCUGUAACCAAUCAAAUGCGCCGCCCAGACGUCUUCACUUCCAUGUUUACAUGACACAUGUGGUCGUGCUAUGGUAAUCUCUCAUUGCCACUCAGUCACUAACAAAAAUCACAGCUACUGUAUAGACCUCAAAAGUUCCCCGAUGUUUCCAACAAAGUGGCGGGUAAACUAUACGCAAAAUGGAAUUUACGAUCAAUUUUCAAGCGUAAAACCUGCACAAAUGUGCACGUGAACAUUUUGCAACUUUUGUACGACAGAGCAAACAAAGAGACAAAUAAAAAAACUUUUACAAACUUUCAUGUAAGUGAAUUGGUCAAAUGUGUAAACGUGCCAGGAGAUGGAACACACGGUUGCUCAAGAGAUCUAUAAAAUACACUAAAGAUAUACUUAAUGAAUAAAGAAUAUUUGAAAAUGACCUUAAUAGGCAUAUUUGCAUAUACAGUAUCUCACCCUUCAAUUUUUUAUUACAGUCCAUCUUUGCAAGGGAGAAUAUAUAAGCUUGGAUAUACUUCGGAGUACAUACUGGUAUAACAAAAUGUGUAAUUUCUAUAAGAAUGUCCCUUGAGAGUAGUUGUGUUUACUCGUCUUUGGCUGUGAACUGUAAAAAUGUGUAUUGUAUUUUUUUCUCAUGUGAAGGCUGAGAUAGCAUUUUUAGUCAUUUCUUUGCAGGAAUACUUGUGUGCUUUGUUGUGGCAAAUAAUAAAUAAAGCUUAUUAUGCACAUUUUUGUGUGCCAUGUUGGUAAAAUGCUUUCUCAGUUUCUUUUUUUUACCUUUUCUCUAACAAAUGUUCCAAUCAUAAUUACAGGGUGAAAAUUAUAACAAUGUACUGCAACUUUCACCAGAUAAACCUGGCAUCUUUAACCACAAUUUUUGUGAAAAACGUCAAAAUCAGGAUCUCAAAACAGGCCCCCAGCAGAGAUCCUGGGGGUACUGUUACAUUACUGUCAAUAUUCAAUAAUGUUAGUUUAAUGUGCAAAUAUUAUUUAAGAUUUGUUGAAAUCUGUGCUUUUUGGGGUCAGGGUUAAACAAUAAAAACACUGAUAGCAAAUUAAUGAAGUCAAAAGCGGGUAACAUAAAAAAGAAAAAGAGAACUUUUUAAAAGGCUGCUGGUAAAUCAGGCAUUUAAGGCUGAAACAAUCGCGAAUAACCUGAGUAAUCCUGGGGGGACUGAUAUUAGCAUAUGUUAGUCUCAUCAUUAAUACAACGCCAGCUGUUUGUUCAGGUGAUGGGCAACAGGCCCCUCCCCCAAUUUAGAGUGGAACAUGAAUCUUUUGACCAAUAAACACUUAUUAUUAUUUUUCAGGUGAACACAUUCAGGACUUAGAGUAAUGGCUUUUUCCUGAAUUAAAGCCCAAUGGUGUUUGUUUUCAGUGGUGCGCAUGCUCAGCACUUUUUUGCUUCUGGUUCUGCUGGUUCUUAUUCGGGUAUGAAUCUUUGUAGACCAAUAAAAUAUGACACUGUC